GGCGGGGAGGAGGUGGAGGAGUAGGCGCCGCCAUGGCCUCCGCUAUCACCGAUAUGGCCGACCUGGAGGAGCUCUCCCGCCUGAGCCCUCUGCCCCCCGGCAGCCGUGGCCCGGCGGGACGGGGCCGGGCUGAGCCCCCUGAGGAAGAGGAGGAAGAGGAAGAAGAAGAGGCGGAGGCCGAGGCUGUGGCGGCGCUGCUGCUGAACGGGGGCGUUGGUGGGGGCGGCGGCGGCGGAGUGGGGGGCGGCGAGGCGGAGACGAUGUCGGAGCCUAGCCCCGAGAGCGCUAGCCAGGCCGGGGAAGAUGAGGACGACGAGGAGGACGAGGAGGAGGAUGAGAGCAGCAGCAGCGGCGGUGGCGAGGAGGAGAGUAGCGCCGAGAGCCUGGUGGGCAGCAGCGGCGGGAGCAGCAGCGACGAGACGCGCUCGCUGAGCCCCGGCGCCGCCAGCAGCAGCAGCGGAGACGGGGACGGCAAGGAGGGCCUGGAGGAGCCCAAGGGACCGCGGGGCAGCCAGGGCGGCGGCGGGGGCGGCAGCAGCAGUAGUAGCGUCGUCUCUAGCGGCGGGGACGAGGGCUACGGGACCGGGGGAGGCGGAAGCAGCGCGACCUCCGGAGGCCGGCGAGGCAGCUUGGAGAUGUCGUCGGAUGGGGAGCCCCUGAGCCGCAUGGACUCGGAGGACAGCAUAAGCAGUACUAUAAUGGAUGUAGACAGCACAAUUUCCAGUGGGCGUUCAACUCCAGCAAUGAUGAAUGGACAAGGAAGCACUACUUCUUCAAGCAAAAAUAUUGCCUAUAAUUGUUGUUGGGACCAGUGCCAGGCUUGCUUCAACUCUAGUCCAGAUCUGGCAGAUCACAUCCGUUCCAUACAUGUAGAUGGUCAGCGAGGAGGGGUAUUUGUUUGCUUAUGGAAAGGUUGUAAAGUAUAUAACACUCCAUCAACCAGUCAAAGUUGGUUACAGAGGCAUAUGCUAACACACAGUGGAGACAAACCUUUCAAGUGUGUUGUUGGUGGCUGCAAUGCCAGCUUUGCUUCUCAGGGAGGGCUAGCUCGCCAUGUACCCACACACUUCAGUCAGCAGAACUCCUCAAAAGUUUCUAGCCAGCCAAAGGCCAAAGAAGAAUCUCCUUCUAAAGCUGGAAUGAACAAAAGGAGAAAAUUAAAGAACAAAAGACGACGCUCACUACCACGACCACAUGAUUUCUUCGACGCACAAACACUGGAUGCGAUAAGACAUCGAGCCAUAUGCUUUAACCUCUCAGCUCAUAUAGAAAGUUUAGGGAAGGGGCACAGUGUUGUUUUUCAUAGUACUGUAAUAGCUAAGAGAAAAGAAGAUUCUGGAAAGAUAAAACUUUUGCUUCAUUGGAUGCCUGAAGACAUCCUGCCUGAUGUAUGGGUGAAUGAAAGUGAACGACAUCAAUUAAAAACUAAAGUAGUUCAUUUAUCAAAGUUACCCAAAGAUACUGCCUUGCUUUUGGAUCCAAACAUAUACAGAACAAUGCCGCAGAAGAGGUUGAAGAGGUAAAAAAUAAAUAAAUACAUAAAAAGCAAACAAGCGGGGACACCUGCAGUCUUAGUCACUGACAAUGGGUUUAGGAAAAGUUGCACAUUAGAGUCAAACCCCUUCCUUUUUUUUUUUUAAAUCCAGUACUUAGGGUAAUAUUUAUGCUUAGUGUAAACAUUCUGUGAAUGAAGUAGACUCUUCUGUGGAAUAUAUUAAUAUAUUACUGUAUAUCCACAUUUUCAUGGAAUGGUACUGUGGGAGACUGAGCAAACACUCUUCUGGCAACUUAGCGAACAGCUUCUUGAAGGCUUUGCAUGCUUGCUGCUUUAAGCUGCUUUUUUUUCCCCCUUUAGUGAUUAUAGUAGUUUAUAUUUGAAAGAAAAAUUACAUGUGCCCUUAAAAACGCCAAAAGCACUGUAAGGAUAUUUCUCUUGACAGUGUCUAUUGAUUUGAAGUCGUAUUAGGAAAUAUUUAGACAAUGAAAAUUAUCAAGGGAUAAUUUACCUUUCAAUUAUGAUAAAUAGAUGUGAUUGGUUGCCAUUUGUGUUCUUUUGCAGAACUCUAAGAAAAAUGUUCAGUUUGUAUUUAAGCAAACAGUGAACGACAUUUGCAAUCAACUAAAAAUUCGUCUAUCGAAUUAGGGCUGAAAAUUACUGUUAAGAGUGUUGCAGUAUGUCUGGUGGCUCCCUUUUCAGGACUAGGGUUUUCUCAUGGAGUACAGUGUGUUAAUAUUUACCUAUAAAACUAAUCUGUUAACGGUUUUUGAAAAACCUCUAUUUCAGAUAAUUUGAAUAAUCCUCACACGUUCAUUUUAACCUAUAUAAGACUCUUAAUUUUUUUUCUGAGGAAAGCAUUUGGUUUUUGAGUUGUUUCUUCUUAAUGUAAGAAAAAUUGUAUUUUUUUUAAAGUGUCUUCAAACUGAAUCUUUUAUGCACCAAAGUUGGUUUUGAAAAGGAAAAUAAAAUCACUUUCUUGCUUGGUAAGCAAGAAGCCAUAUGGAUUUUUUUUAACUUACGGAAAUGGAAAUAUGUGUAACUUGUUAGUAUUGUAUCAAACAAAUGUUGCAUAGAGAUAAUAGAACAUUGCUUGUAAAUACUUCAGCAGAUUUGUAAUAUAUUUUUAUAUUAUGAAAUGUACUGUAGAUGUUUUUCUAGAGGCAUGAAAAAUGUAUAUAUUAUGGUAGAAAUAAUAUUGAAGGAUAUUGUAAUUCACUAGUGCUGCCAGAGGAUUGUUAAUAAAGCACCUUUUUUUAACAAUAAAUGUCUUUUGCAGACUUAAGGGACUAUGUACUACUGUUAAUAUCUAUAAGAACAAAACACAUUGAACAUCCUUCCAGAAAGUCUUUGAGGGAGGACCUGUACCCAUAAUAGAAUUAUGGCACUCAUUUCUGACAGUGACCGUGAAAUCAAUUAUUUCCUUACUGUUGGAAGGACAUAUUGUAAAGUAUGUGGUUAUAUGCAGUCAAACUGCAGAAAAUACUCCUGAUUGAGGAGUUUUCACUUUACUACAGUAAAUAUAAAAACCAGCAGUUUUUACACUAAAUUUUUUAAAGAAAUAAUAGACAAAAAUAUAGAAUUAAGCUUUUGGUUCCAAAAUGGGAAAAGUUCCAUGAUUGAUAAAUCAUUUCUCAUUUGCUUUAAAAAAUUUAAAAAAUAAAAAUUAUGGGAGAAUUUAUUCAUUACAGUGGAUUAAAGAGCUAUAUACAUGCAAUGAGUCAUAUAAAAUUAAAUAAGUGCAAAUAAAAGCACUGCUACUCUAUAAGACAUUCUGGAAUGGUUGUUUGAUAAGGGUAUUAUCCAUAUGAUCUGUAGCAAAUGUGAUUUUAUUUUUUAAAAAGAAAAAAGCAGUGUGUUUUUUUGUUUUGUUUUGUCUUUUGCUUAAGCACUUCAUCAAUUGCUUUAUUCUGUAUCUACAAAGUAACCUGCAAUCUCCUUUGUUCUUUUUUAUUUUGAUUUGUUAUGAAAUUGCCAAAUAGAAGUGUUUCAGAUAUAUAGUUUGUACUUGUAUUUUUAUUUUAUUACUUCAUGUUCUUGUAAGUCAUUCUUAAUUGACCGAUGAUUGUAGAUCUUGCCUGAGUAUUUUUUCUAAUAAAACAAAGCAAAUCACAUUUAGCUUCAAAAUUGUAACAAUUCAAUUAAAUUUUAAAAUGACAUCUGAAGGUACACAUCUAAUACUUUCUUUAGGGGCACAUGAAUAAAUUACUUUAUCCUUUAUAGAAAUACUUAUAUUUUAAAACUAAAUUUCAUGGUUAUUUAUUGGCUUCUAGUAUUCACUUAAGAUCCUUUUGCUGCUUAUCUGCCGUUGAUCCCUUACUGUUAUUAACAAACCAGAGAGAAUGUGGAAUUAAAAUAAGCUACUUUUGUAACUUACUAUUACAUUCAGUUAUGAUUGGGAAAUACAUGUGAAACUUUUUGAAUUGAUAAUGUUCAUUUAUUGAUGACUACCCAUCUAUACUGUCCCUCCUACCCCGCAAAAGACGACAUGUAUAACAUGGCACCUGAAAUAAUCUCUGACUUAAAAUUCAUUGUCCUGCAUUGGGUAAAUUCAGCCCUUAAGCAUACCUAUUCAUAUACAUGUUGUCCGUGACUGAUUUCUGUUUGUAGUGGCAGAGUUGAGUAGUGAGCCUUAUGGUCUGCAAGUCUAAAAUACUUACUAUCUGGCCCUGGAAAAAGUUUGCCGACUCCUGAUCUAGUUGCUAAAAUUUUUGGCAAAACAAAUUUAGACCACACAACUUGCAUUUUUAUAUGAUAGUGUUAAUAUUGAAAAUAAGCCAGUACAUUAAAAGUUAGUACAAGUUCUUUAAUACAAUUUACAGUAUGCAUUGCCAUACUAAGUACCUGCAACGAAUGGUUUUUUAAAUUUUCUGCUAAAUUUUACAUUGAAUUUCUUAAUAAUUACUAAUAGUACAGCAUUUCACCAUUCAUGUUUUGUAUUUUGUUUUAUUAAAUAGGACUAAGUGAGACUUUGUAAAUCAGAUCAUGUUUAUAUGACGUUUUUAUCUAAGAGACUCUUGAAGUGGAGAAUAUUGUAAAAUUUGAAGUUGUUUAUUUUUCUAAUAAACUUACCUUUCAUAUAUAAAUCUUCCAUAAAGUGGACCCACAUUAUUACUUUUGAAUUUCAGAUGAAAGGAAAUUAAGAUGGGCAGUAUUUAACUCUCAAUGCAUAUUUUAAGUUAAGAUUUGUUGUACUCUCAUUGAAAGCAUUGAUAAUCAUGUCAGUAAACCUUUGUGAGUGUAAAACUUUUUCCCUUUUACAUCUCAAUAAAAUGUUUUAAAAUAUGCAUAUAUUCUUAAAAAGGAAGAUACAUUUGCUGCAAGUAUAUAAAGCAUGCUUUAUUGUUUGCAUUUUGAAUUUUUUCCUUAGUGUAACAUAUGAUUAGCGAAAGGGUUAGGUUUUUGAAGUAAUUAAAAUAGCCAAAGGAGGCUUUCUGUUUAGUCACACUUCUGUCUUUUUUAAUUUUUAAUACCUCUGCAACUAAGAAAUUCUUAGUUUAGGUAGAUUCCUGUAAUACGAAUGUAAGAUCUAUCUAUUAUGUAGUAAAGCCUGGGAGUUAAAUCAUAUGUCGUUGGAAGGUUUGCUUUUUUUGUUUUGUUUUUUAAGAGAGGUGGUUUAUUUGGGUGUUUUACCUUAAAAUUUUUUUAAUUCUAAACAAUUAAUACAUAAAGGGAUAAAAUUUUUAUUAGAAAAUUUCCUGCUGACUUAACUUUUGUUUGUUAAUUCUUAAAGAAUCUUGCGACCUGACGUAGGAGUUUUUGCAAUUCCAAUGCUAUGGCUUUAAAAACAAAGAUCGUCAAAGAGUUUUGUAUUUUUUUAACUUUAGAGUAUUUUAUUUGUCUUUUCUAGUGAAUAUGAGCCUCUGUAGCCUUAAAAAUGUGGUAUUUUUUGUUUUACAUAUUUGCAUAGUCUAUAAUUUCCUGAAUUGAAUCAAGUUUGCAUGGUAUAAUACAUGCUUCUAUUAAUCUGAAAAUUAAAAAGAACUUGUAAGCAGGUUAGAGCAGAAUUUAAAGCCCAGAUCUUUUUUCUAGGGCAGUAUUCUUUCUACUCUGCCAAACUGCUUUUCACAGCGUGAGAGAAGUGAUAAUACACUUUCUAUACACUAUAAAAUGUUUCUGCCUUAGUUAUGUGUUGCAGUCCCUAGUGUGAUGUAUAGCACAAAUUAGGGUCUCAAAUAUUAGUUGAAUGAGUAUUAAAUAGGUGAUUACUUGUUGCUCAAUAAGAUGUUUUGGAGAUUUAUAGUGAUAAAACACCAGUAGGGUUGAGCUGACCUGGCUUAAGGCAAAAUCUGUGAUAAUGCCAUGUAAUUUUUUUUUUUUUUGAGCUGUAUAACUUUUAAUAUGAACCUUAUAAAGGGAGCUAUAGUUUGUCCAAACAUU